CCACCGCUCUGGGUGGUGUGGAUGGGAUGACGCGCAGCCAAAGUUGGGUGUCCUGCCUCUGCGUCUCCAUUGGUCCCGGGCUGCGCGUGGGGCGGUAAGGUGUGGCCUUGGUGCGGUGCGCCUCCUGCAGUGCAUUCACUCAAGGGAAUAAACCGUAAACAGCCGGAGCUAUAAAGGGACCAUUGUACAGGAUCACAUCUGCGUCUUUCCAGCUCCUCUUCUAUGGACGCAUAGAUGCAGUCAAAUGACAACAUAAACGACUUUUUCUCAUCUUUUUCACACGAGCCUCUUAAAGAUUGAAAGUUUACUCACUGACAGCUGGAUAAAAGGUGUUCUCCUUUGACUAAAUAGAACUGAAACUUUCUGACUGGUCCGCUAUGACGAGUCCACUGAGUCCAGGUCACUGCUCUGCAUCUCACUGACUGAAAGAUCUCCAAGAAAACAGGUGGAUUUCAGCCUUUUUCAGUUGGUAUCUGAGCAUCAGGCAUGCCUGCACCCCCCCCUCCACCUCCACCUCCACCGGCGCCCCCGCCCCCUCCACCACCACCCACCGCUGCCCUGCCACAGUGUCCACCUGAGCCUCCUAAGCUCCAGUCUGGAGGAGGAGGAGGAGGAGGAGGAGGAGGAGGAGGGAGGAAUGCCCUGUUGGCUGACAUCCAGAAAGGAGCCAGACUAAGGAAAGUCACACAGGUCAACGACCGCAGCUCCCCUGUUGUCGACAAGCCCAAGUCCAGUUCUGGUGAUGUAUCCAGCAGUGAUGGAGCUUCUCAAACCUCAUCUGGAGGGAUGGCACCUAUGGGGCCCUCGUUGGGUGGGCUCUUUGCCGGAGGGUUCCCUAUUCUCAGGCCUGUGGGGCAAAGAGACUUAGGAGGCAAGACCCCAGUGUUUCGCUCCAGCUCAUCAGUUUCCCUGAAGCCCAUGUGGAACCCGCCCAUGUCAUGUGACAGCAUUCCUGAGCCUCACAGGACGGUAGAGCGAGCCAGCUCCAUCCACCGUCCCCUCGCUCCCUCUUCCUCCGCCCCUCCCUCCCCAUCUCACAGCAGCAAGCACCCGCCUCCGAUGCCUGCUUCUCCACCCCCACCCCCUCCUCCACCUCCCCCUCCCUCAGCUCCUCCCCCACCUCCCCCACCUCUAGCUUUCCAGGACAGGCCAGUUAUCAAGCCCCCUCCUCUCCCCACCUGCCCUCCACCCCCACCUCCAACCCAGGUCACUAAACCCACCUGGCUCCCCAUCCAGCAAUCCUAUCACAACUCUGCUCCUCAGUGCUCCACCCCUCCUCCACCUCCUCCGCCUCCUCCUCCUCCACCUGCAUACACAUCUCCCUCCUCUGUUCCAGGUGACCGCUCCUCAGGGUCCUUCUACCCUCUGCCCCCCUCCCCAGUCCAUUCUGAACCUUCUAGGUUCCCCAUCCUGCGGGACAGCCCACUGGGACCUCCUCCCCCACCCCCUCUACCUGUUUCUUUCACCCCCACUUGCCCGUCCAAUCUCCCACCACCACCUCCAAAAGUACCCCCAGUCCCCUCCGCAGCGAUGCGCUCUCUGCCACCUUCAUAUCCUUGCAAUGCUCCAACUCGACGGCCGCCUGCUGUGCCCAGAAGUGCAGGUGCGGGACGGUUGGCUCCUCCCCCCGCCCCUCCAGCCCGUUCCCCGAGUACGGAGCUGUCCAGCCGCAUUCCUCCCCCUCCACCUCCUCCUCCCCUACCGCCCUCCAGUCUCAGGAACGGACACCUGCAUAGUCUGGCAGAUGAUUUUGAAUCCAAGUUUCAGUUCCACCCAGUAGAAGACUUACCUCCUCCUGAUGAAUUCAAGCCCUUCCCUCGGAUCUACCCCAGCAAAGAAAACAGAGUGAACCCUAAACCGCCUGGGAUUAGGACCCAUCUCAGAUGAUCCAAAGCCUCAUCAUGCUGUUCUUCACAACACACACAUACAGCGAACACUUCAAGCCUCCUCCUCCUCUCUGGAUAUAGAGAUGGGAAGCUCGUUUCAGUCAUGUUACUGCCAUGGACUGUUUUUAUUGUUUAUGUUGAGUGUGAAUGCAGAUUCGGUGUGUGUGUGUGUGUAUCUGUGUGUCAAACGCUGACUAUGUGACCUCUGACCUUUUUCCAGUGUGGAAUGUUUUGAAUGUGUGUGAGAGGAGGGCUCUCCCUACUCAUAAGCUACAUACUGAUUGUACACACAUUUACAGUCAAGGCACAGUGUCUUCGAGUAACUAAUCUUAACAUGACUCUUACCACGGUCUCAGUUUCCAAUCCUGGAGCACAGUGGUUUUGUCUUUUCAUCGUGCAGCCUGUAAAGUAGCACAAUGUGAGCUUUGUUACGUUUCAUUUGCAGACACACAAAGUGUACUGUCUUAAGUUUUUUACUCAACACCCUUUAUAAACAGAUGCUCCAGUGCUUAGAUAACUUUGGGAAUUUCCGUCAUGUUCAUGGCCAGCAACAGGUUGUUGUUUGGCUGCUAUGCUACAAGUAAACCUCGUCUUCAGUUAGAACUGAAAGUGAAAAAACACUGCAGGUGUACACAACAUGUUUUACUCAAACUGGGGAGCUUAUGUGCUUUGUUCAUUUUUAUAAGUUGCAAAAGACUUCAUGAAAGAUUAAGUGUAACGUGAAGAUUACUAACAUUGUGAGUUAAGUUACACUGACUCGUCUCUUAAAGUGGGUUUUCUUUUUCCACGUGCAUUAACCAGACUAACACUUGUGAAGAGAGUGCCACCUGCUGGUGUAAUGUCUGAAGUAUUACUAAGAUGUGACCACCCAAUAAAGCACAAUAUUUUGAGUUUGUU